ACAAUUUGGACCCAAUCGGGCAGGAAGGAGGAAGGAGGCUGCAGUCAAACAUCAAGUAAAGUCACGUUCUCAUCAUUCUCACCGACCCACACUCUCUACAGGUCCAACAUCACCAACCCCCGAUCAAGACAGUCUUCAGUGCCUCCCAAACGCCUUGGAAUUGUUCAUUACCGUUGUUCCUGGCUGGCUGACUGCGCCGCUACCCUCUUCAAUCAACCGACUCUCCUUGCAUGUUCCAUAUUUCGGCCUCCGCAGAGACACCACUCCCUCUUCCUGCGCCUGUGGUUCCUUCCACCUUGUCCUUCUUCCCUCACCCUUCUUCGCCAUCUUCAUUAAUGCUCUCCAUAUGUCCCAAUCUUCUCAGCGCUCAAAAGCCCCCAAUAGGAGCCUGAACAAUCUGAGGAAUGGCGGAAGAGUGUCCAGGGACUCUUCCAGGGUUCGCCGCAAAUCUAUCUCCAUAAACGAUGCAUAUCUCUACGCUUUGCGGGUCGCCUAUCUCAAUUACCUCCUCCAGCCUAGGGCUACACGCAAACGCCAUGUCGAGACCAGACCCCCUCCCAAUCGUUCAACCUCUUCUCAUUCCUUCCACGAUCUCAUGAAUGACUUUACCGUCGUCCGCGAUCCAAAGAGUACCAGGUUUCCACAUGGCUUUGUCAAGGAGUUGGAAAAGAGGUUGCAGGGUAUCCUCAUGGGCAAAGAGCGUCGUCAGGAAUAUCAAGAUUCUGUUGUUAAGCGUGUCUUUGCCGCCUUCCUCAACGCUCUCUCCGACCCCUCAUUCAAGAAGCGUAUGGAGGCCGACCGACGAGCAGAAGACUUGGUCUUGAUUUUCUUCUCAAACGCCACGCGAGAAUUGCAGAAAGGCAAGCCCCCAGGAGACGAUGGCGUUAAACGAAUGGUGGACCGCCAGGUCGCCCUCUUUGUUCGUCUCCUCGGCUUGAUUCUGAAGGAUCACGAUUGGGCAAAGGACAAGCCUGAUUUAGUCUCCAGAUUGACCACUUUAGAGUCGAAGCUUCUCAAAGGUGACGAAAACCUGGCAUCUUCCCAGACCAACGGUGAAUACAAGACCAUCGAGGAGGUCGUGCCGUUGUCCUACGAGGUCAAGGAUAUGCCAUUGGUUCAGGUGGUUGGAAAGCUCUUUGGUCUUACAAACACCAUGAUGCAGUCGGACAUCUCCAAGAACAAGCCCGUUUGGACAGAGAAGGCUGCUCUUCAGGACCUCAAGACCUACCAACAGCAUCUCAAUCUCGGAACCAAAUUGACGCUCACUUCAGCCGAUUUCGAGACUCGAGAAGCUUACGAGUCCUGGAAAAAGGACGAGGCCCCAGACCUGUCACAGAUGAUGCUCGCCAUCAUGCAGUCUAAUCCUCAACUUGCAAAAUCCACUUCUGGACCUCCCCUUCCAAGCCUCAACCCAACCUCCUCUAACGACCCGAACGAUGCUCACUAUGCAGAGCUGUCCAGAAUGCUGUCACAGCCAGGCGACACCUCUUCCUACGUCCUCGAUCUGCCGGCAGACAUGGGCAACCUUGAUUUAAGUUCAACUUCUUCCCACCUCGAUAAUGAUUCCCCCCAACUGUACGUUUUUAUUCCUUCCGACCCCAGGGCCAUGUUUCGCAUGAUUUUGCUUCAAGCCCUCACUCACGACCUUGACGACAAUUCGAAUGAAAAUCCUGGCCGCGCAUCUGGCCAAAUUCUUUCCAAGAAAACAAGCGACCUUUUGAAUGAAAUUGCUUUGAGGUGGCGUAUACCCAAAUUCACUCGUAUUAUCUUGUUUCUGGACGUUGUGAGAGAGAAGUUCAUGGAGAAAGCCAUCAAUUUGGACACGCUCGAUGCAGUCUUCAACUUUGUCAAGCAGCCAUUACAGGACGACCCCAAGAACAAGAGAAGCUCUCUGAUCGUGAGUUCAGCAUUGUACGAUCGUUUCAGUUGGACUUCAUCCGACUUUGCCGUCAUGAGAAAACUCCUCUCCAGCCUCUAUGACUUUCUCCUGAGAGAUCUGUAUGAGGUGAUGCUCACUGCAUAUGCCGACAAAGCUCAACUACCCAGACUCGGCGCCAUCAUGGCCGUCAUUGACGAUCAUAUCCGCACUGAUCCGAGCUUCUCCCAGGGUCCCGAGGACUUUGAAAAUUUCAAGCGGGCAGCAUUCGAUGGCUUGGCCGCGGAAGCUCGAAGAUCCUACGAUGUCCUGUUGGCUCGUGAACUGCCUCAAGAAGAUAGCGAAUGGGAGUUCUACCAUAUCCAACAACUAGCCAAGGCUUUGUUGAAACUCGCUGAGAAGAUACAAAAACGAUUCCGAAAAAAUCCAGAGAUUUUGGGCAUCAAUCCUUUGAUGAUCCUGCUGAACUCGGUCCUACCUGCAUUCGCAGAAGAUUCAAAGGCAAUGGUUGAGCAAAUCCUGAUAGUGUCCCGACAGAGGGGCGCCGAGAUACCAAUGCAGGAGGGCUUCGACUUGUACAAAGAUCUGAGUGAAUUCAGACGUGUCCACACCGAUGCAUUGCCCGGAAUUCCAUUUCCGUACAAGAUCGAGGACCUUCUUGCGGAAUUUGUCUGGAAAUGGAUCAGCUCCACCGAGGGCCAAGUCAUGGGUUGGGUCGAAAAUGCCGUCAAGCACGAUACCUUUGCUGUUCGCACCAAACACCCGGACCAAGUACCGACAGAAGACGAACGUCACUCAACCUCAGUCAUUGAUAUAUAUCAGUCCUUCAAUCAAGUCAUUGAACAAAUGAGUCAGCUGAAUUGGGACGACGACCUCACUUACGCCAAGUUCAUGACUGCCCUGUCAAAAGCGAUCGGCCUUGGAGUUGCGCGGUACUGCGAACUCUUGGACCAGAUGUUCAGUAAGGAAAUGGACCGAAUGACACCGGAACAAGAAGCCGCGGCCAACAUGACAAGGCAGGAAAAGUGGGUUCAGCUUGCAAAGGACACCUGGAACAACAAAGAAAGGGUGGAGCCAUUUCAGUUCUACCCUCAGUCUUUUGUGAAACUCAACAACAUCUCAUUUGCGAUUCAACAGUGGGACAGGGUUGAAACGGAAAUCAAUGUUGACGCGUGUGCUGAGGUGUUGAAACGGUAUGCACCCCCGCUCGCGCAAAGACCUCGCAAGACGUCCAACUACGUCUUCACCAUCAAAAUUGUCGAGGCCGAAGAUUUGAAAGCGUGUGAUGUCAACGGGUUUAGCGAUCCCUAUGUUGUCCUAGCCGACGAAUAUCAAAAACGCCUGUUCAAGAGCAGGAUCGUGUAUCGCAACCUGAAUCCACGCUGGGACGAAUCGAUCGAUAUUACCACUCAGGGCCCUUUGAAUCUGAUUGCAACCAUAUGGGAUUGGGACGCUAUUGGCGAUCAUGACUAUGUGGGGAGGACCUCACUCAAGCUCGAUCCAGCCCAUUUUAGUGAUUUUCUGCCACGCGAGUACUGGCUGGAUCUCGAUACUCAAGGACGUCUUCUGGUACGGGUAAGCAUGGAGGGCGAACGAGAUGAUAUUCAAUUCUAUUUUGGAAAGGCAUUUCGAAACCUCCAACGAACCCAGCGAGACAUGACACGCAAAAUCACCGACAAAUUAUCAGCGUAUAUCAAUCACUGCCUCUCUCCGAGAGCUCUGCGGUCACUUCUCAACCGCGACAUAUCCAUCUCCAGUGUGUCGUCGUAUUUUGCUCGAAAUCGACAAUCCGUUAUCCAGACUUCCACUGCACCGACUGAAGCCGAGAUCAUCAAUGCUCUCAAACCCCUCUUCGACUAUUUUGAUGACAACUUUGCUAUCAUGCAGCAGACACUGACUUCAGAGGCCAUGAUUGCCGUGAUGACGAGGUUGUGGAAAGAAGUCCUGAUCACAAUAGAAGGACUUCUUGUGCCACCCCUCUCAGACAAGCCAUCUCAACAAAAGCCAUUGAACCAGCAAGAACUCGACGUUGUCUACAAGUGGCUACAGAGUCUGUUCGAGUUCUUCAAUGCUACCGACGAAGAGACGGGCGAAGCAAACGGUGUGCCGGUGAAUGUGUUGAAGAACCCCAAGUAUCACGAGCUGCAAAUGCUCAACUUUUUCUACUUUGAGCCGACGGAUAGCCUAAUUCGAGAGUCGGAGAGAAUGGCGGCUGCUGCCCUUUCGAGUCAUCAGACACAAAGAUCAAGAGUCUCGGCUCCGGCAAGUCUUGGACAAGUGGGCAGAGGCGGGCUAUUGCAACCUGGUGGGAUGACCGGGACACGACGUGCUAAGAGCAUCAUGAUGAGUCGCAACCUGGGGACCAUGAGGAAGGCGAAAGAAGAGAAGUGGAAGGCCGCACAAGCUGAACCCAGCGAUGACAUGAUAUUAAGGAUCCUCAGGAUGAGGCCUGACGCGGGAACUUAUCUAAGAGAUCGGUCUCGGCAGAAGGAACGACUUGCUGCCUCUGCUGCAGCCGAGAUGAUAGUUCGGCAGAGUCUUCUCUCUGGUGGUGGCAGAAUGACAGGCCCGAGCGUUAUCAGGCGGUAAUGGAUGGUGGUUUGAGGCAUGCGGUUGGAGCGAUCGUAGAUAUAGGGUUUGCGCGGUCACCGAAGGCAAGGUAUCGAUGAGCAGGGAGGAGAUACCCCAGGCAAUGGACUACGAAUUUGUCAAAUAUGAUUGGGAUGACUAUUAGACGUUGGACCCUUGACAACCAAGGGAGUGAUAUGCGAGUACGAC